AUGGAAAGGUAUAGGAGCAUAAUAGGUUUGGCUCAGGCUGUGGUUAAUGUUUCAAACAAAAUAUGGGCAUUCAUUGAUGAAGUCUUCGAGGUUACUAUUCUGUACAACAUGCUGCAACAGUUGACUUUGAAAUUAUUCCACACUGAAACUCAUGUAGAGUUGAUCCUUACCUUGGUGUAUGCAAAAUGUGAUAGAAUAGGAAGGAUAGAACUGUGGGAUUCAUUGUAUACUAUGGCUACAGAUAUGACCUCUCAUUGGCUUGUUGGGGGGGAUUUUAAUGUGAUCUGGGAUGAGGAAGAAAAAUUUGGAGGAUUGCCAGUAUCUCUAAUUGAGGUAUAUGAUUUCAGACAUUGUAUUAAUACUUGUAACCUGACAGACUUGGGAUUCAAGGGUAGUAUUUUUACCUGGUGGAAUGGUAGAUCAGAGGAUGAUUGCAUAUUCAAUAGGUUGGAUAGAUGUUUGGGUAAUAUGGAGCUGCAACAAAGUUUCCCAGGAUUGGAGAUCACUCAUUUAUCAAAGAUUGGAUCUGACCAUUGCCCAAUGCUUCUGAAAUGUGACAUUGAAACUCCACCUAUUAAGAAAUCAUUCAAAUUUCUUAAUUUCUGGACAAAAAAUGACACCUUUAAAGAUGUUGUGAAAGAGAACUGGAAUGCAGAUUUUAGUGCCAAUCCAUUUGUAAUGUUUAAUCAUAAGCUUAAAAAGUUGAAGAAAGUGCUCUCUACUAGGAGCAGAUCAACAUUUGGAGAUAUUUUCCAAAAGAUUGCAAGCCUUGAAGAAGUGGUCUUAGUGCAUGAGAGACAAUUUGAAGCAUAUCCUACUCAGCAGAAUAGAGAGAGGCUGCAGAAAGUUCAAGCUAAAAUGAUUAGAUUUUUGGCAAUUGAAGAGGAAUUUUGGAAGCAAAAGUCAGGCAUAGCUUGGUUCAAGGAUGGGGAUAGAAAUAAUAAGUUCUUUCAUGCACAAGUUAAAGGGAGGAGGAAAAGGUUACAGCUCAAUAGAAUCAAGGAUAACAUGGGCAAUUGGAUUGAAGAAGAUGAGCACAUUGCUGAGGAAGCUGUUAGAUUUUACCAGUAUCAACUCACUCAAACAGUAAUUCCCAGUGAUUUUCGUAUUAUUGAUCAUGUACCUUGA